AUGAAGCUGUAUCUUGCGUGCCUCUCGACCAGCUCCUCCAAAGACAAGCUGGCGUUCGACGUCGGUCUGCAGGAGCACUGCCAAGGCGAGGCCUGCUGGUGGACCAUCCACCCGGCCUCCAAGCAGAGGUCCGAGGGCGAGAAGGUGCGGGUGGGCGACGACCUGAUCCUGGUGUCCGUCGCCACCGAGCGCUACCUGCAAGCGACCUUGGAAAACGAGGUGCCGAUCGUGAACGCCUCGUUCCACGUGACGCACUGGUCCGUGUCGCCGUUUGGGACGGGUCUCAGUCGCGUCAAAUACGUCGGAUACCUAUUUGGUGGAGAGGUGUUGCGCUUCUUCCACGGAGGAGAUGAAUGCCUCACGAUUCCCUCUAACUGGUCAGAGGACGACUCUCAGAAUAUCGUGGUGUACGAGGGCGGCAGCGUGGUGAGCCAGGCGCGCUCGCUGUGGCGGCUAGAGCUGGCCAGGACCAAGUGGUCGGGCGGCUACAUCAACUGGUUCCACCCGAUGAGGAUCCGCCACAUCACCACCGGCCGCUACCUGGGCAUCAACGAGCAGAACGAGAUCCGACUCAUGCACAGGACCGACUCUUCGGUGGCGUCCACCACGUUCUACCUGCGCGAGGAGAAGGACGACAACAAGGUGAUGCUGGAAGACAAGGACCUGGAGGUGAUCGGCACGCCGCUCAUCAAGUACGGCGACUCCACCGUCAUCGUCCAGCACAUCGAGUCCGGACUGUGGCUCUCCUACAAGGCGUUUGAGACGAAGAAGAAGGGCGUGGGAAAGGUGGAGGUGAAGCAGGCCAUCCUUCACGAGGAGGGCAAGAUGGACGACGGCUUGGAGUUCUCCCGGAGCCAGGACGAGGAGUCUCGCACCGCCCGGGUCAUCCGCAAAUGCAGCUCUCUCUUCACCAAGUUCAUCAAACAGCUGGACCAGAUCCGCUCCGCCCGCCGCCACUCGGUCAUGCUCGGCUCCAUGAACUUGAAGGAGAUCGUCAUGUGUCUGGAGGAUCUCAUCAACUACUUCGCGCAGCCUGACGCCGAGAUGGACCACGAGGAACGUCAGAUCAAGCUGCGGGCGCUGCGGAACCGACAGGACCUGUGCCAGGAGGAGGGCAUCCUCAACCUCAUCCUGGACGCCAUCGACAAGAUCACCGUGAUCACCACCGAGGGCUACCUGGUGUCCCUGGCCGGCGAGGAGUCGGGCCAGAUGUGGGACAUCAUCAGCAACUACCUGUACCAACUGCUCGCGGCCAUGAUUAAGGGCAACCACAACAACUGCGCCCAGUUCGCCAACUCGAUGCGGCUGAACUGGCUGUUCUCGAGGCUGGGAUCGCAGGCGGGCGGCGAGGGCAUGCUGGACGUGCUGCACUGUGUGCUCAUCGACUCGCCGGAGGCGCUCAUUGUCAUGAAGGAGGAGCACAUCAAGGUCAUCAUUUCAAUCCUGGAGAAGCACGGCCGGGACCCCAAGGUGCUGGACGUGCUGCGGUCGCUCUGCGUCGGCAACGGCGUGGCUGUGCGCAGCUCGCAGAACAACAUCUGCGACUACCUGCUGCCCGGCAAGUCGCUGCUGCUGCAGACCGCGCUCGUCGAUCACGUCUCAAGCGUGCACCCGAAUAUCUACGUGGGCAAAGUGCAGGGCUCCUCCAUGUACCUGCGGUGGUACUACGAGGUCACCGUGGACCACAUCGAGCAGGCAAGCCACAUGGCUCCUCAUCUGCGCAUGGGCUGGGCCAACACCAUGGGUUACAUCCCGUACCCGGGCGGUGGCGAGAAGUGGGGUGGUAACGGCGUCGGCGACGACCUCUACUCCUUCGGCUUCGACGGAUCCCAUCUCUGGACAGGGGGUCGGAGGACGCUGGUGUUCCCGCAGGAGUCGGAGCCGUACAUCAGGAAGGGCGACGUCAUCGGCGUGCUGCUGGACCUGACUGUGCCCUGCAUCGAGUUCACGUUCAACGGCGAGAAGAUCAGGGGCUGCUUCCGGGACUUCAACUUGGACGGCAUGUUCUUCCCAGUUAUCAGCUGCUCCUCAAAGCUCAGCGCGCGGUUCCUGUUGGGCGGCGAGCACGGCCGGCAGAAGUUCGAGCCGCCUGAGGGCUUCUCGCCCGUCAGCGAGUGUCUGCUGCCCAGCCAGCAGAUGUCCAUCGACCCCUGCUUCCACUUUGGAGACCUGGCCAAGGGCGUGCUGGCCGGUCCGCUGGUCGAGCAGGAGGACCCCGUGUUCGUGCCUCAGCCCAUCGACACAUCGGCAGUGACUCUGCCGCACUACGUGGAGCAGAUCCGCGACCGUCUAGCCGAGAACAUUCACGAGAUCUGGGCGAUGAACAAGAUCGACGAGGGCUGGCGGUAUGGGGAGGAGCGCGAGGACGAGUACAUGCUGCACCCCUGCCUGACGCAGUUCGAGCGGUUGCCGCCCGCCGAGAAGCGCUACGACGUCCAGCUGGCGCUCCAGACGCUCAAGACCAUCAUGAAGCUGGGCUACCACAUCACGCUGGACAAGCCGCCCAAUCGCAUCAAGUCUAUCCGGCUGCCGAACGAUCCGUUCAUGCAGCCGAACGGGUACAAGCCGGCCCCCCUGGACCUGUCGCAGGUGUCACUUAGUGGCAAGUUGGAGGAGCUGGUGGAGAAGCUGGCAGAGAACACACACAUGGUGUGGUCCAAGGAGAGGAUCCAGCAGGGCUGGACUUACGGCCUCAAUGAGGACAUGGAGAUGAUCCGUACGCCGCACUUGGUGCCGUACCGCCGGGUGGACGAGGCCAUCAAGAAGGCCAACAGGGACACGGCCAGCGAGGCAGUGCGCACGCUGCUCGUCUACGGCUACAUCCUGGACCCGCCGUCCGAGCAGCACGACGAAGGGCCGGCCAGCGAUCUACUGAACGGGAGGGCCAACUACCGCACCUACCGGGCCGAGAAGACGUACGCCGUGAGCUCCGGCAAAUGGUAUUUUGAGUUCGAAGUGCUGACGGACGGGCCCAUGAAGGUGGGCUGGGCCCGCAUCGACGCGUACCCGGGCCGCCAGAUCGGUCAGGACGAGUCGUCCUGGGCGUUCGACGGAUACCACGAGGAAAAGUGGUGCGGGGGUGCGUGCGAGACGUACGGCCACAAGUGGCACGUCGGUGACGUCAUCGGCGUCUUUCUGGACCUGAUUGACCGCACCGUCAGCUUCUCGCUGAACGGCGAGCUAAUGAUGGACGCCAUGGGCGGCGAGACGGCCUUCUCGGACGUGGUGGGCGACGCGUUCGUGCCCGCCUGCACGCUCGGGCUCUCGCAGCGAGCCCGGUUCGCGUUCGGACACGACGUGAACGCGCUCAAGUUCUUCACGCAGUGCGGACUCCAGGAGGGAUACGAGCCGUUCUGCGUCAACAUGACGCGACCGAUGACCUUCUGGUACACCAAGGACCAGCCGAUCUUCGAGAACGUCGACGAGGUGGAGAACUCGCCCAUUGACGUGACACGCAUCCCGGCCGGCUCCGACUCGCCGCCCUGCCUGCGCAUCUCGCACGCCACCUUCGAGACGCUGGAGAAGGCCAACUGGGAGUUCCUGAGGCUCUCGCUGCCCGUCACCUGCCAGACCGCCUUCAUCGAUGAGGCGGAGAAAGAGCGUCGCUGGAACGAGAUCCGGAUCCGCCAGCAUCGGCUGCGGAACGAGGGCAAGCACCGGCCGCCGUCGGCGCUGAAGCAGUCCAUGCUCGAGUCCGGCUUCACCAUGUCCGACAUCAAGGACCUGCAGAACGGCUUCGACGCCGUCGAGUCGGACGAGGUGAUGAUGAACGGCGCUAAGGUGGACGGCGAGACGCCCACGCCGGCCAUACCGCGCCGAGGCAGUAAGAUGGGCCGGGCGGCGAGCGAGAUGGACAUGCAGAGAGGGCGGCCCGCGGCCGCCAGGGAGAAGACGCCGCAGCCGGAGGGCAAGAAAAAAGAGCGCGGAAAAUCUCCAUUCAGGUUCUUCAAGAAGCGUGACCAGAGCACUGAUCGCCUGGGCAAGCGGGGCAAGAGCCAGGACCGCGUGAUUCCGACCCUGGAGCUGCCGCCGGAGCGGGGCCAGCCGCUCAGCGGUUUGCAGGUCACCAAUCCGGCCGUGCGCAUCUCCCAGGCGGACAUGCGUCUGAUGCCGCCGACCAUCCCGGACCGGCUGACGCGGCAGCGGCUCUCCGUGACGAACCUGACGCAGAUGGACGGCGAGCCCGGCGCCGACGACAUCGGCGCCGCCUUCGACGCCGAGUGUCUGCGCCUCAUCAACGAGUACUACUACGGCGUGCGCAUCUUCCCGGGCCAGGACCCGGCGCACGUGUACGUGGGCUGGGUCACCACCCAGUACCACAUCCACGGCACCACCUUCAGCCAGGAGGCGGCGCGCAAGGUCACCGUCGUUGAGACGGACGUCUACGGCGAUCCGGAGGGAAGCGUGGACCGCCAUAGCUGCUACAUGGUGCGCGCUGAUGACCUGCUGGCCGAGGUGUCGGCCGACGCCUCGGGCAAAGGUGCCUCGCAGGGUAUGUCGAUCGGGUGCUUCAUCGACACCUCCACCGGCUUCAUCACAUUCACCUGCGAGGGCAAGGACACUACCAUCAAGUUCAAGAUGGAGCCGGGGGUGAAGCUGUUCCCGGCCGUGUUCGUCGAAGCGACGAGCAAGGACGUGCUGCAGAUCGAGCUGGGGCGGACACCCACUUCACUGCCGCUGUCGGCGGCUGUGCUGCAGAGCUCCGAGAAACACGUGGUCCCGCAGUUCCCGCCGCGGCUCAAGUUCCAGCUGCUGAAGCCGCAUCAAUGGGCGCGCGUGCCGAACAAAUCGCUGCGCGUGCACGCUCUGAAGCUGUCGGACAUCCGCGGCUGGUCCAUCUACUGCGAGGACCCGGUGCCCAUGCUGGCGCUGCACAUCCCCGAGGAGGACCGCUGCAUCGACAUCCUGGAGCUGAUCGAGCACGAGCGGCUCCUCAGCUUCCACGCCCACACCCUGGAGCUGUACUGCGCCGUGUGCUUCCAAUCCAACUACCGCGGCGCGCACAUCCUCUGCCACCACGUGGACGACAAGCAGCUGCUGUACGCCAUCCGAGCCGAGUACAUGUCGGGCCCGCUGCGCACCGGCUUCUACGACCUGCUCAUCGCCGUGCACAUGGAGUCCCACGCCAACACCAUGGAGGUGACCAGCAACGAGUACGUCAUCCCACUGGGGCCGGACCUGAAGGCGCUGUACGAGGAGCCGUCCAUGGCGCACAGUCUGAGCGUACAGACCACCGAGUCGGUCCAGCCGGCCAUGGCCACCUCGCCCAUCUCCGACACCAUCGAGAACAUCAGCGAGCUGACGAUCCCGUACUUCGACUUCGAGACGGUGCGCAUCUUUGUGAUGGAGGCCCUCAAGGAGGCCUACGAGAAGAACCAGAUCCAUAACCGGGACUCAAUCGGGGGCAGCAACGAGACGCUGUUUGUGCCGCUGCUGAAGCUUUGCGACCGUUUACUGCUGAUCGGAUACCUGCGCGACGAGGACAUCCAGGACCUGUUGGUGAUGAUCGACCACGCCUCCUGGGACGUCUCCUUCGAUCCGGACGGAAAGGAUCAGCACCGGCGCGGCCUGCUGCAGAUCAAGAUGGCGGAGGGCGCUAAGCUGCAGCUCUGCUAUCUGCUGCACCACCUGUACGACAUCCAGCUGCGGCACCAGGUCGAGAGCAUCGUCGCCUUCAGUCAUGACUACGUGGGCGAGCUGCAGAAGGACCAGCUGCGCCGCUACGUCGAGAUCAAGCAGUCCGAGCUGCCGUCCUCGGUCACCGCCAGGAAGACAAAGGAAUUCCGGUGCCCACCACGAGAACAGAUGAACUCGAUCCUGGGCUUCAAGAACCUGGAGGAGAUUGACCCGGACGAGGUGUCGGUGGGCGAGGACUUAAUCCAGCAGAUGAAGGACUUCCACACGGCCCUGAUGAGCAAGAUCUCCAUCUCUGGCGAGGAGGAAGCCGCCGGAGACGGGGAGGCGGAGGGCGGUCAGCGGAGCUCGAUGGGGGCUGCCUUCCUGAGUGUCAUCGGCGUUGUGAAGCAGGCGCAAGCCAUCGAGGUGGCCGGCGACGGCGCCGAAGAGGGGCCCGAGGACAAGUUCCGCAAGGUGCUCGUGCCCACCAUCGUCCGCUGGGCCGAGGAGAGCUUCAUCGAGGACUCCAAGCUCAUCCGCGAGAUGUUCAGAUUGCUGCUACGUCAGUACAACGCCGUGGGAGAGCUGAUGAAGGCGCUGGAGAAGACGUAUGUCAUCAACGCUAAGACGCGGGAGGACGUGGCGCUGAUGUGGCGCUUCCUCUCCAAGAUCCGCGCGCUGCUGCCCGUCCAGAUGUCCAACGAGGAGGAGGAGCUGGUCAGGAAGCUGCUGUGGUCCCUGGUGAACAAUCACGUGUUCUUCCAGCACCCGGACCUGGUGCGCAUCCUGCGGAUCCACGAGAACGUGAUGGCCAUCAUGAUGAACACGCUGGCGCGGAGGUCACAGGCCGAGAACGAGUCGGCGGCCAGCACCGAGGCGGACCACAAGAUGGCUCACGAGCAGAUGUCGACGGCUAAGGACACCUCGCACGAGAUGGUGGUGGCCUGCUGCCGCUUCCUCUGCUACUUCUGCCGCACGUCGCGCCAGAACCAGAAGGCCAUGUUCGACCACCUGCAGUUCCUACUGGAGAACUCAAACAUCCUGCUGUCACGACCCUCGCUGCGGGGCAGCACGCCCCUCGACGUCAGCUACUCCUCCCUCAUGGACAACACGGAGCUGGCGCUAGCGCUGAGGGAGCACUACCUGGAGAAGAUCGCCGUGUACUUGUCGCGCUGCGGCCUCCAGUCCAACAGCGAACUGGUGGCGCGCGGCUACCCUGACCUCGGCUGGGACCCGGUGGAGGGCGAGCGGUACCUGGACUUCCUCCGCUUCUGCGUCUGGGUCGGAGGCGAGAGUGUGGAGGAGAAACGCGAACCUGGUGAUCCGGCUGCUGAUCCGGCGGCCUGA